AGGGUACUUCUUGCYCUUGAACCUUCCUCCUGGUCCCGACUCCUUUUCUUCCUGCAAGUKGCAGACCUCCGCUUCCAAUUUCUUUGAGGCUUUACGUAACAGUUGUCCACCAUGMCUUCUGGAAACGCUCAGAUCGGCAAACCCGCCCCAGAGUUUAAGGCUACCGCUGUGGUUGACGGGCAGUUCAAGGAAAUCAAGCUGUCAGACUAUAAAGGGAAAUAUUUAAUUUUCUUCUUCUACCCCUUGGARUUCACCUUUGUGUGCCCGACUGAGAUCAUUGCUUUCAGCGACAGGGCGGAGGAGUUUCGCCGUAUCGGCUGCGAGGUCAUCGGCUGCUCCAUCGACUCGCACUUCAGCCAUUUGGCUUGGAUCAACACACCCAGGAAACAAGGAGGCCUGGGGAACAUGAAGAUCCCCCUGGUCGCAGACCUCUCUAAGUCCAUCUCCAGAGACUACGGCGUGUUGAAGGAGGAUGAAGGCAUUGCCUACAGGGGUCUGUUUGUGAUCGAUGACAAGGGCAUUUUGAGGCAGAUCACAAUCAACGACCUGCCCGUGGGUCGUUCUGUGGACGAGACCCUGCGUCUGGUUCAGGCCUUCCAGCACACUGACAAACACGGAGAAGUGUGCCCCGCUGGCUGGAAACCAGGGAGCGACACCAUCGUCCCUGACGUCGCAAAGAGCAAAGAGUUCUUCUCCAAGCAGUAACCGUGAAGGCACUUCAGACGAGACGUGUCUCACACACACACACACACACACACACACACACACACACACACACACACACACCGUGAAGCAGUCUCUCAUGAUGUCCAAUCUAAACCUGUUCAAAUCCUCAGCUUGUGUAGGAAGAUCCUCUUUUAGUAAUGUUUACCUUUGUACGUUAGUGGGGGUAACCUUAAAGUCUCGAGCACUGAAAAGCUUAGUUUUGUUCCCAAAAGAAAUGUUUUUUUUUUGUUUUGUUUUGUUUUGUUUUUUUGCUGACACUAAUGAUUUGCUAACCAUCUUUAAUAAAACCGGAAAAAAAUAAA